AGCUCAGCGCGGCUGGAGACGGAACUGUCGUGCGUAUGCCUUUUAUGCCGUCCUCGCUUUCCGGCCGCUGUUUCCGCACGCUGUCCCCUUACACCCGCCCUUGUCUCCCUGGCGGCUUACUUUGCGGCAGCACCGACAGCCCCACCCCCUUUCUCUGCGGAAUCACCAUGGCGGCUGGGACCCUGUACACAUAUCCUGAAAACUGGAGAGCCUUCAAGGCUCUCAUUGCUGCUCAGUACAGUGGGGCUCAGGUCCGCGUGCUCUCCGCACCACCCCACUUCCACUUUGGACAAACCAACCGCACCCCUGAAUUUCUCAGAAAAUUCCCGGCUGGCAAGGUUCCAGCAUUUGAGGGUGAUGACGGAUUCUGUGUGUUUGAGAGCAAUGCCAUCGCCUAUUACGUCAGCAGCGAGGACCUUCGGGGAAGUACUCCAGAGGCAGCAGCUCAGGUGGUGCAGUGGGUGAGCUUUGCUGACAGUGACAUUGUUCCUCCAGCCAGCACCUGGGUGUUCCCCACCUUGGGCAUCAUGCACCACAACAAACAGGCCACUGAAAAUGCAAAAGAGGAGGUGAGGCGAAUCUUGGGGCUGCUGGACACUCAUUUGAAGACAAGGACUUUUUUGGUGGGUGAGCGAGUGACACUGGCUGAUAUCACAGUUGUCUGCACCCUUCUGUGGCUCUACAAACAGGUGAGGUUUGUAAAGAAGCCAUUUGACAGGUGCUGGGGUGCCCUGCGUUCUGCUUAGGACUCAGACCAAUUA